CUCACAGUCCUCCUUCUCUCCGAGCAAGAGAGAGAUAGAGGACGCUCAGUGCGUGCACAGAGAGAGAGAGAUUGAUUUUGAGGGAGAGAGAAAACUCGCAUUCUUCAGCCAUUUAUGUUCUUCACCACCAAAGCGUGAACACUCUCCGUCCUUUUUUCGCCUUUAAAUCUCUUUCUUUCCCGCGUACACCCUGGAACUUCGACCCCUCUCCUCCUCUCUGAUAUAUAUACAGGGCUUUAAUUUCAUAUAGCUGUCUGCGGUGUGCCGAGGAUAAGGCGGCAAAUGGAGCUCAGCAAGGUGACGCUGGAGAUUUUCUCCAAAUUGGAGCAGAAAUGGCUUUCCCACUGUGAAACCUCCAAGAAAACUCGCAUUCUCAGCAUCGACGGCGGGGGAACCACCGGCAUUGUUGCCGGAGCCGCGCUCCUCCACCUCGAGCAACAGAUCCGUCUCCAGACAGGUGAUUCCGACGCUCAAAUAGCCGAUUUCUUCGACAUCGUUGCUGGCACUGGCAUUGGCGCCAUACUUGCCGCCAUGAUCACCGCCGACGAUGGCUCCGGCAGGCCUCUCUAUACUGCUAAGGACGCCGUCCAUGUCAUCACCGAAAAGAAUUCGGAACUCUACAAGCCUAAGACCACCGGGGUUUUUUGCCGUCGCCGGAGACUCUCUUCCAGGAGCAUGGAUAGCGUGCUGAAGCAAGUCCUCCAGAGAAGAGAGGACGGAAAGUUGUUGACCUUGAAGGACACGUGUAAACCCCUACUCAUCCCUUGCUUUGACCUCAAGAGUUCGGCGCCAUUCGUGUUUUCCCGAGCCGGCGCGUCAGAAUCGCCGAGUUUCAACUUUGAGCUCUGGAAGGUAUGCCGUGCCACCACAGCCACACCGAGCCUCUUCAAGCCCUUCCACUUUACUUCCGUGGACGGCAAGACCAGCUGCUCGGCCGUCGACGGCGGCCUGGUGAUGAACAACCCGACGGCGGCGGCUGUGACGCACGUCCUACAUAACAAGCGGGAUUUCCCGACGGUUAACGGCGUGGAGGAUCUCCUAGUGCUGUCCUUAGGCAACGGCGCGUCGAGCGGAACACAGGCGCGAAAGAUAUGUGAUAAUGGGGAGUGUUCGACGUCGUGUGUGGUCGACAUUGCGGCGGAUGGGGUCUCCGAGACGAUCGACCAAAUGUUGGGGAACGCCUUCUGUUGGAACCAUACGGAUUACGUAAGGAUUCAGGCGAUGGGUUUGGGGAGGACGAGAGAGGAGGUUCUGAAAGAGAGAGGACUAGAGUCAUUAGCGUUUGGGGGAAAGAGGUUGCUGAAAGAGAGCAACGAAGAGAGAAUCGAUAGCUUCGUACAGCGUCUUGUUGCUUCUGGGAAGUCCAGCCUCCCACCUAGCCCCUGCAAGCAUUCCGCCGUUACUCCUCUCGCCGUCGCCGAGGCCCGCUAGUUCUAUUCUAUCUUCUUCUUUUUUCUUCCUCCUUGGGGUUAGAUUUUAACUUUGUAUCUUUGUAAGUUGUAAUGUUGUAAGUUGUAACCUUCCUCAGGUUAUGGCCCCAGUAAAGAAAUGAAAGCCUCCCGUGUUUUU